AUGGAAUCGGAUUCAGUUUCUGAUCACGAUGAAGACUCCAAACAAAGAGGUCCGACAACAAAGGCAAAAGCUAAUAAAGUGAAACUUGUAAUAACUUACAAUAAAAAAGGUGUCCCGGUCGGAAAGGAAGCCACAAAACUGUCUACUUUUGAGGGUUUGGUUGCAAGAAUAAUGGUUCCCAUAAGCUAUGAGUCUUGGCUGGAAGUUAGUGAAGAAGAAAAGUUUGUAGUUGACCCAAAGAGCUGGAAGCAAACUGUCCAAUCGAUCGGGAAGAAGUGGAGAAACUUCAAGCAUUAUCUAUAUGCCAAGUUCAUUAAGAACCGAAGUAAAUAUCCCAAGGCAAAUCUAUUCAAACCUCCGAAAGAUUAUCUGUUUAUAAAGAAAGAAGACAGGAAAGUUUUUGUAUCCCAUAGAGUUACAAAAAAGUGGGAGGAGAAAAGUACAAAAGCUAAAAAUACCCGUGCACAUCAAAAAUACAAUCAUCGUUUGAGCAGAAAAGGAUAUGCCAGACUCAAUGAAAUCAUGCAAGAAACCGGCAAGACGGAAGAGGAGAUUGAUAGGACACUGUUGUGGAAAAAAGCAAGAGAGUUGAAGACAGGAGGAUACGAAUCAGAUGUCAAGAUGAUUGUUGAUAAAAUUGAUGAGCUGCAGAAAUCUGGAAGCUUUGGAGAGGUUACAUGUGGAACACAUGAUGUGCUUACAGAGGCCUUGGGUACUCAGGAACAACGUGGGCGUGUACGAGGGAUGGGUAAAUUUAUAACGCCACAACAAUACUUUUAUUUACCCAAGAAUGUUAAGUAUUACUUGGAGAUUGAGAACGAUAGGGUGGAUAAACGAAUCAACAAACUUGAAGAUGACUGGAGGAGAAAAGAAAAAGAGGGAAAAGUGACGGGGAAACCUGUGAAGAAACAUGCAACACCAGUGAAGAAACAUGCAACACCAGUGACGGAUGGUGCAACACCUUUAAAAGAAGAAAUAGGAAGUAAUAAGAAAGAAAAGGGGACAGGAAAAAUGAUUGAUGAACAAAAAGAACCAUAUGAUGUGGAAGAAGGGGAUGAUAUGGAAGAAGGGAAUGGAAUAGAAAAGAAGAUUAAAAAGAAGGAGAAACAUAAUGUGACCUUGCAAAGAAGGUGGACCAGAGCACAAAUGAAGACAAUGAUAAGGAUUGAGAAGAGUAGUAUUUUGAAAAUGACUGCAAUGAUGGCUGUUGGACAAGUUACAAAGGUUGAUUCUAUAAAAGUGCAGAGUGAGAACGAUCUUUUUGGGUACGAUAGUUACACGUACUUAACUUGGGAUGAUUUUGAAGCAGUUCUUACAAUGGAUGAGCUAACAGGUGUUGUUAUUGUGUCUUAUAUGAUGGUGUUGUUUAACAAAAUGAAGUAUGGCUCCCCAGAAAGAGAUCAUGGAAUUUGCUUUGUGAACCCGACAUUAAUCUCGCCAAGUACGCGUAAAGGGAGAUCUAAGAAUAUUGACGAUGCAAGCAGAGGUUUAGCAGAUUGGUUGUCUAAAAGAAAGGGCAAUGACAUCGUCUUUAUGCCCUACAAUCGCGGAAGACGACAUUUGGUAUUGGGUGUACUAGACAUGAAAUCGGAUAAUUGCUAUUAUCUUGACUCCUUGAGUUCUGGUAAUUUCAAUAUGCACUUGAAGCAAAUUGUUGAUUCGACAAUGGUUAUGUAUGCUACACAAAGUGGAUCCAACAAAAGGGUUAAACUAAAUUGGGUUAAUGUUAUGUGUCCAGUUCAGCCCGGAGCUACCGAAUGUAGCUACUACAUGCUAAGGUUCUUGAAGGAGACCGGGGAGGGAAAAUUUGAGUACACAACUGAUGAUAUCGAUAAGAUACGUGAAGAAUGGUCAGAGUUUGUUACAGGCUUCAUUUAUCGAUGA